AUGAGACACCACACUGCGCAUCGACCGUGUGGCAUUUGGCAAGCUUACCUUGGCCGGCCAUCAAGACGAUGGGACCCCGCGCACUCGCUUGACGUCAGCCGGGAGCACCAUCGACAGGCGCAGAAGACGCAGGUCGGUAGAGUGACCGGAGGCACUGGUCAUCAGCGCAACGGGGGGAUGCGAGAGCAUCGUGCGGCUUGGCUACGCGUCCCGCAUGGGCGACGGCGAAGGACAAAGUGUCGCGCGGCCUGCAGGAGUGCGAUGACCGGCAUGCGUGACCGUGAUGUCCACAAGAACAUCGCGCGGAGAUGGUUCGAGGCGGCGAGCGGACGAGGCGUGAUGUGCGGGCGUCCGGUACACAUCAGCACGGCGAUUCGGAGACACGGGCUGUGUCAAAAGUGCCAUGGCGUACACGGCAGCGAAGAACAAAGCAUCGCGUGGACUCAUGCGAUAACCGGCACACAUGGACCAACGCGGCUCGCUGCGCGGGGGCAAAUGCGCCCAGCGGCAGCGGGCGGCGUUGUGCUCCCGCGACUUGGCGCGGAGCAUGCUGACCCGGCUGAAGAGACGGUUCCAUGCACAAGAGACCUGCGCACGCAAGAUGGCGUCUGCUGGUGGUGGGACGACGGCGGGCGACCAAUUACCUUGCUGCUUGGUCGACUGUUCCUGCUCGGCGCUGCUGCAUUUGCAGACCCUGAAGCGGCCGGCCGCGACGAGGAUGGGCCCCGGCGCACAUGCUUGCAGCGGUGGUCGCGGCCCUCGACAUCGCGGGCAACGUCUCAGCGUGCGGCCGCAAAUGCGUCGAUGAAGGCGUACGUGGGUGUGCGAAGUGCUCGACUUGCCCUUUGCGAGCGGCGCAGAGGCCCAUGGUGGGGAGAUGGCAGUCCCGCUGGAGUGCGCGGUGAGUCCGCUGAGACGGCAGGGAGAGGGCAGUCGAGCGAGGAAGCGCCCAAGUGGGGCAAAGCAAACGAGAGGAGUUGUGCGAGGAACAGCCCAAGUGGAGCAAGGGAGAGGGCUGUUCUUCGCGCAAUUGCGAGGAACCGCCCUCGUUGA